CGGUCAAUAGUGUACUCGCAUGAAACUUGCACUUUUUCAAAAUGAAGGACUGCGCGGAAACUAAAAACCAUCAAGCCAGACUUUGUCACUUGAAAAAGUGGCCGAAUUUUAGUGGCUAUGGAUUCAGCCUACGAACAGACUCUUUAAAAAAUGAGCAUAGGGUUGAAAACGUUGAACUGCUGUCACCCAGUGAAUCAGGGGGUCUCCUCGCCGGUGAUAUUAUUCUAUUGGUGAAUAACAAAAGUGUAGGCAAGUCUAGAUUCAUACUUACUGUCAUUCAAGUAGAUCGUCUUUCUCAUAUAGAGGUUGUGAAAAUGAUCAAAGAAAAACAAGAUGUGGAGUUACUAGUUGCUCAGCCUUAUGAUUUAGCAUACUUUAAAAAAUUCAAAGAUCCACUAACUUUAGCGUCUAAGGAUCCAAAACGAUGCGAGACUUCAGUGGAGUUCCAUGUUUUGAUUUUUCGCAAAAAUGGAACCGAAAUGGAACAACAAAUCUUUUAUUGAUCUGAUAUUGUUAUUCAACAGCCGCUUGAAAUUCUACGCAAUUUACAGUGGGGCAACACGUUUGUCAUUUGUUUGAAGGCUAGUGAUAUUACCACGACUUCGAGAACCUUGGUAGUUGGAGUGGGAUUCAAUCCUUCGAUCUCUUGAUUGGCAGUAGAUCACCUGAACCAAUGUGCCACAAUUCCAUUUUACAUUGAAAUGAAUCAGCUAACUGGCGCUGAACGACAUUUAAUCAAAGCUGAUUCAGAUACACUGAAUGAAAUUUAUGAACGUAAACGUCAUUUAAAGUUGCAUAAUAAUAUUGUUGGUCGUUUAAAUUCACGUGGCAAUAUCGGUGUUGAAAAUGUUACCAUUGACGGUAAAUCUUGUAUAAAUUAUGGUUAUAGUCAUGAAAUGGAACACUGAAAAUAAUGUGGACGAUAAUUAUGUCAUUAUGAAUGAUAAGAAGAUACUACUGCUUACAUCAGAAGAUAGUAAUAUAUGGAAUUUUUAUUGCUGAAAUAUACAACUACGCGCUGAUCAAUACACGCACACUCACACACACACACAUAUCAAGGUGAUAACAGAUAUAACACACACACACACACACACACACUUUUCCCAGAUUUUUCUAAUAGCCUAUUUCAAUACCCUUCUAAAAUGUGUAGAGUAAUUUACUUGUAUUUGAUACGAGCUACUUUUGUACUUCACCUUUUUUAUCCUUACUUAUUACGUCUACCAUCCAUCUGUCACUGCUGAUUGCAUGUUUACAGAAAGACAUGGUAGCCUUUUGUUAUCAGCAUUGUUUUUAUGGAUACAUCUCUGUGCCUUGCUUGUGAGGUCGACAGUUGACUCUCAUGGAACACACAGAUACACGCACACGCGUACAUACAGAUAUAUACAUACAGACGCCCUCAAAUCUUUGCAUAUCAAUGCAUUCAGCACAUCAUACGGUUGUUCAUUUUGAUUGCUUUCUCGCUUUUUCGACCUUUCUCGAAUGAUUCACCUCUUUUUUUUACUUAUAAUUAUAUAUAAUAAUGUCUUAUGAAUAAAUAUUAGUUUAUGU